AUGGCACAUGGAAAUUCCUUGGCACGUAAAAAACAGGUGCACCAUUUGAAGGUGGGGGUAUUUGAGUGCAAAGACCAAAGUUACCAAGCCUUCAAACUAGGGUUAGCUGCUGCUGUGAUCCUAGCAGCUGCACAUGUAGUAGGCAAUUUGAUUGGUGGAUGCAUCUGCAUAAGGUCCAGAGAAGAUUACCAAGAAACCACAGCAAACAAGCAACUAGCAGUUGCUUUCCUCAUCUUAUCAUGGAUAACAUUGGCGGCAGCACUUUCACUGCUGAUUGCCGGGACGUUGUUAAACUCGAAGUCGAGAAAAUCGUGCGGCUUAUCGCACCGUCGGAUUCUGUUGAUAGGAGGAAUCUUAUGCUUCUUCCAUGGAUUGUUCAUCAUUGCAUAUUAUGUCUCUGCCAAAGCCUACAUCAAAGAAGGGAAACCCAUACCACAAAUACACAGCAACCCAACUGGACCUCCAGCUUAAUCGUCAAAAUGCUCACAAAUUUCCAAACAGAAAGUGAUUUUCGCAUUCUCAUUUUCUUCAUCGCAAAUCCGAUUCUGCAAUAUCCAUCUACACUCAUCCGUUUUUGUUUCGCAGCAUUAAUUAUGUAUUUCCAACCCGUAAUAUUUUUCAAAGCUCAAAUUAUACGAAGAAAAGAUUGGACAAGAAAUUCUUAUCCAGUAGAUAGAAUAUAA